AUGACGUCGCUUAUAACAACCGGCCUGGCUGGACUGGGUGCUCUCUAUAUGUGGCAUGUUAACUCUGCUAUGAAAGUAGUCCCCGAAGAGGCACAGAAACUAUCACCUCAUCGCUGGACUGUCGAAGAAAUCAAAGCAGCCUAUAAGAAGAGCCUGGAAACCCCCAUCGAUGUGACCAAGAGCUUGCCACCAAAACAAUCCAGACGAUAUGUGAUCGUAGGCGGAACUGUCUCGCAUCUUCUCACACGGGGUGAAGAUCCCAAGGCCAUUCGCAUUCUAGACCUGAUGUCCCCAGAGCAGGAUAUCCUUAACAAAGGCGUGCGCUGGACCAAAACCAACAUCACCGACAAGCUCGCAGUAACAACAGCAUUCGAAGAGCCAUGGCCAGCCAAUGUCACCAGCCUUGCCCUAACAGUCUACCACACCGCAGCCAUAAUCCGACCCCAGGACCGGCUCAAAAGUUUUCUGCCACUCAGCAGCAAAGUCAACAUCGACGGCACACGGAACGUCCUGAACGCCGCAAGAGCCGCCGGCGCCACAGCCUUCAUCUGGACAUCCUCAGGCUCUAUCGCCCUGCACCAGCCAACCUUCUGGAUCGCGCCGUGGGCGACCCAGCCCAAGCGCGUAGUCCAAGUAAUCAGCGACAGCACCAAACUGCCUGAAUCCCACUACGAAUUCUUCGGCAACUACGCCGUAACCAAAUCCGAAGCAGAGCUUCUCGUCCGCGCAGCAGAUAACCCAGCAGAAAACUUCCGCACCGGCUGCAUCCGCCCUACAAACGGCGUCUAUGGCACAGGUGGCCAAGCGAACAACGUUAUCACGGGCCUUUACCUCCGCAACGGAGGCAGUCCGACCUGGGCUCGUCCGAUGCUGCAAAGUUUCGUGCAUGCUGAAAACGUCUCGAUCGCACACCUCUUGUACGAACAACGUUUGAUCCAGCAGAGCGAGCCUGGUUCGCAGCUCCCGAAUACAGGGGGCCAGGCGUUCACCGUCAGCGACCCCAACCCGGCAAUUGCGUUUGAUGAUUUGUACACGUUACUCACGACGUUGUCCAGCACGCCGCUUUCGUUUCCAGAGGUGCAGCCCUUGCCCUUGUUGGUGGUUGCGUAUUUUGUUGAGAUGUACACCUUCUUGCAGUACAGAUAUCUCUCUUGGUUUCUGCCGAGGUUGUCGGGGGAUAUUGGGCAGCUUCAGCCCUCGCUAUUCUCUAUUAUCAAUGUUCAUGUGUUUGCUGAUGAUUCGCGCGCGAAGCUGGCGCCUGAGAUGGGUGGAUUGGGAUAUAACCCGCCCCUGAACACUCUUGAGGGUCUGUGUCGGCGGCUUGUGGACUGGAACACUAAGGCUGAGGGGGAGGGGGUUGAGGUCAGGGGGAAGAAGAUACGGUUGGGCCCUGUAAAGGUUGCGGAAGAUGGUGUUGAUGUGGCUAUGCCGAGGGUAUUGUGA